AUGUCCUGCCAGCAGAGCCAGAAGCAGUGCCAGCCGCCUCCCAAGUGCCCCUCACCCAAGUGUCCCCCGAAGAGCACAGCACAGUGUCUGCCUGCAGCCUCCUCCUGCUGUGCUACAAGCUCUGGGGGCUGCAGUGGCCUUGGCGGCUCUGAGGGCGGCUGCUGCCUGAGCCACCACAGGCGCAGGUCCCACCGAUGCAGGCACCGGAGCUCCAGUUCCUGUGACCGUGGCAGUGGUCAGCAGUCCGGGGGCUCUGGUUGUGGCCACAGCUCUGGGGGCUGCUGCUGA